GUCGAGGAAAUCAAGAAGAAACGUACCUUCAGGAAGUUCACCUUCCGUGGGGUUGAUCUCGAUCAACUCCUGGAUAUGCCCAAUGAGCAGCUCAUGGAGCUGAUGCACGCGCGCGCGCGCAGGCGGUUCGCUCGCGGCCUGAAGCGCAAGCCCAUGGCGCUGGUGAAGAAGCUGCGCCGCGCCAAGAAAGAGGCGCCCCCGAAUGAGAAGCCCGAGAUCGUCAAGACCCACUUGAGGAACAUGAUCAUUGUCCCCGAGAUGGUCGGCUCCAUUGUUGGCAUUUACAACGGCAAGACCUUCAACCAGGUUGAAAUCAAACCAGAGAUGAUCGGCCACUACUUGGGAGAGUUCUCAGUCACGUACAAGCCUGUCAAGCACGGUAGGCCCGGUAUCGGACCACCCACAGCUCCCGGUUCAUCCCGCUCAAGUAGACGGGCAUCCAACUUCUUAGGUUAAGUGGAAAAAUGUACACGGGAAUACAAUAAAGUAGCCUGU